AUGAACCAAGAAUUGAACAAAAUUUCUACCCAACUCUCCAAGACACUCAAACUAGUUGAUGAAAAGUUUAUCAAGAACAACAAGUUGGAGUGGAGACAAAUUAAGCGUACACCUCAGUUCUUGAAACAGAAAAUCAAUUAUGCUGGAAACUCAUAUACAAGUGAUGAAGAAUUCAACACGUUAGAAGCUCAUUUUAAAAUACAGGAGCUUGGUUUGCAUAGUUUGCAAGACGAGCUCAAAAGCUUUGCUUCUGCAGCUAUUGAAACAUUGAGAGGUUCCGAGCACGUAGCUCAGGGAUUCCAAAACUUGGCUGAUCCAUACAGUAACUUUAAAAAUUCGACAAAUACCAUAGAUGAGGCUUAUGAUGCUUGGACAAGAGGGAGUAAGUACAAACACCUCAUACUGUCUAUAAACUUUGCAAACAAAUUAAAUUUGUUCAUGAGCAUGGAGUUCAAGAAAUUGGAGGAAGUUGGUAACAUAUCAAAGCAAGUGUCUAAAAAGAUUGCCACUAGAUUGGUCUUUUUAUUGGACUAUGAUAAGCUAUACAAUGAGUAUGAGACACUUUGCGAAAGGCAAGAACGGAAUGAACUCUCUUUGAAGCAAAGCAAUGGCAUUUACUCCCUCAAAAGAAAGUUGGAAGAUAGCAAGAUAAAGUAUGAUAGUAUCAACGGAAUCUUGAAAGCAUGUCUUCCCAAGUUUUUACACUAUGUGAAGCAGAUUAUAAAUGCAUUUUACAUAAAGUACACGUUGUUAAACUAUGAGUUUUACCUGGUAAUUGUUGCAAAGUUGACUAAAGUACAACCAGUUGAAGAAUCAGCUACUAUUAUAUCUUCUUUCAAGCAGAAAAAUGACCCACUUUUCAACGACAUUGAACAGCUUUCUAUCAUUGCUUUCAAUCGCCCUAUUGAUUAUGCUAAACCAAUUUUUGAAGCCAAUCUAGGGUUCUGUUACGCUUUGUACGACUUUCAUGGAGUAGAACCUGGUGAUUUAUCCUUUAAGAAGGGCAACAGAAUCAAGAUUUUGGAAAGAACAGGAGACUGGUGGCAAGGUGAAAUAAAAGGUAAACAAGGGUUAUUUCCCAGCAACUAUGUAAAGCUUGAAUAA